AUGUCAUCUGAGGAAUCAGGCAGUUCAAACAGUUCAUUAGAAUGGAUAUUUCUCCCAACUGAAUCCUUGGAGGAAAAUGAUGAAAAGCCCAAUGAUGUUGUGUCAGACAAUGAUGAUGAUAACAUUGUGAUGAAUAAGGACAAUGACAAUGAGAUUAACAAUGAUGACAAUGAUAUUAACGAUGAUUACAAUGAUAUUGAGCUGCAUAAUGAGGAAGAUGAUAUAGCUAUACAGGUUGAGGAAAAUGGUAUUGUUGUUCAGACCAAGGAAGAAACUACAGAUAUGGAUGUAGAUCAUGUCCUUGGGGAUGAAGGAGAGAAUAUGGAAAUUAAACGCUUGAAAGAUGAGAUUGAGGAGCUAUCAGGGCGACUAAAGGCUUCAAGACAGCGAGUUGUUGAGUUAGAACGUGAUGUAUCCACAGCAAGCACAUCUAGUCAUUCAUAUGAAGAAACCAGUAGGGAGUUUUCCAAAGAAGUAGAUCGAUUAAAAUUAGAAGUUUAUCAACUAAAUAAAAGUACUGAAGAAGUUAAACAACAAAACUCUGAGCUCCAGGAGAAGCUACAUGCAAAAUCUAGUGAAUGUAAUGGCCUGAAUCAGUCUGUUACAGAACUGCAAAGUAGAUUAGAGCUCUCUGAUGUCCAAAUACAACAGUUAUCUAACCAAAGUGGAGCAAACCUUGACAGUUCAAGUGUGGAGCAACUUCAGCAGCUGCAGUCAAAUAAUGCAGAAUUACAGGCAAAAAUAGAUGAGUACAAGAAUUCUUUCCAACAGCUGGUAACAGAAAGGGACCAGCUUGCAGAACAGUACCAGCAAGUUAUACAUCAGUUAAAUGACCAGUCACAGCAUCUCACAUCUCAAGUCCAGCAAAUGAGUGUGGAGAGAGAGCAGUUAAUCUCCAGGCAGACUGAACUAGAGGGACACAUAAAAGACCUCCAAGCAGCUGCUGAAUCUAAUGCUAAUGACACUAGCCAAUCAGAGGCAUUUAAUGCUCAAAUUGAAGCCCUAAAUGCACGACUGGCAGAGAUCCAACAGGAGAAUGAACUAACAAUGGAGAGAUACAAGAACCAAGUACAAGAUAAUGCACAAUUAAGCAGGUUCGUUGAGGAGAAAGAAGCUAGAAUAGAUGAACUUGAAAGUACGUUGUCUAGGGUUGGAGAACAGUCUAUAGACCAUGAUCUGCUACUGGAGAGUAUGCAAGGAGAUAAGGCUGCCCUGAGUAGGGCACUCACUCAGAAUAAAGAACUGAAGGUGCAGUUUGCAGAGUUGCAGAAUGGUUUCGUCAAAAUGAGCAAUGAGAACAUGGAUUUGACCACCAGGUUACAGUCAGAGGACCAUGUUUCAAAGGAACUAGCUGCCAGACUUGGUCAACAAGAAGAUGAAUUAAAAGAGCUCAGAGAAAAGUUGGAGAUGAAAGAGCGAGAGUUACAAGACAUAGAGGCAAACAGCCACACAUUGAAUAAGCAGCUUUACCAACAAGAUCAGAUUGCUGAUAGGAUGAGGCAUUAUGAGGCACAGAGUCAACUUGUGGAAACAUUACAGAGAGAAUUAAAUUCAGCUCAGGAGAACAUAAACACAUUGACCAAUCAGAACACAGAGUUGCGGAAGCAUGCAAUUAAUGCUGCAGAAGAGAAAGAUGCUGAUGAUACGGAUGGUGCUAAAAAUGCUGAUAUGGUUGAUGCCCUAUCAGCUUCUGUACGUCAGUUAGAGAUGGAGAGGAACCAGUUAAUAGAACAAUACCAGGAAGCGAAACAGCAGCAACAGGAGCUGAAACUCCUCAAUGAAGAAAUGGAGAAGUCUAGUAAAAUGCCAGCAACUCUUAAUGGUGAAGUAGUCAACAAAUUGCAGUAUGAAACUAUUCGCACAGCUAUGGAGCAGUUACAGGAAAAAUACACCAAGUCUAUGCGAGAGAAAGCUGAACUUUCAGAUAGGAAUGACCAGUUGGAACAUUUAACUAUGCAACUGCAGGGAGAGACUGAUACAAUUGGAGAGUACAUCACUCUGUACCACCAUCAAAGAUCUGUGCUAUAUACCAGGCAGAAGGAGAAGGAGGAAUAUAUCGCCAAUAUGGCCAGGGAUAGAGAGGGCAUGCAGGAGAAACUUGGCCAGCUGCAGGCAUUAGUGAUGCAGCUACUGCAAGAGCGUAAUAUGUUGCACAGCUAUACACAACAGCAGGGUAACCAUAGUAACAACUCAGCCAUUCCAAACCAUGUGCCUACACAAGCAGACAUUGAGGCCUCCAUGCAACAAUCUAAUAAACCAUUCGGUGCCAAUCUCAACAAUCCACAGAUUGAUGAUUGGCCAGAUUAUACAUCCAGUUCCAGUGGUGAUUCUGACGCUAGUGAAGUUGAGGCUAUAAUAGGUGGCAGUGCUCCAGAUGCUGACACCCCUCCACCAUCUAAAAAUAAACACUCCCAUCACCACCAUCAUCAUCAUGACAACCACCAGCCUGACACCCCUCAACAAGGGACCAUGUCUGAACAUUCUGAACAAUGGAAUAGUCCACAACCAGAUAAUCAUACAGCACAAAAGAUUAUGCAUUUACUCAAUGAAAUUGGCAAUGUGAACCAAGUGGAUAGAACCGACUUUGAUGAAAGGAACUUUAUGCCAUGUAAAUGCUGUCAAGGCCGGCUACAAAUUGUGUAGCAUAGAUGUUGGAAUCAGUUUGCUUCAUUUGGGGUAAAUGGAAUCUUUAACUCAAAAAUCUCAAAUUCGAAUUAACGAAGAUGGAUUCAGAUAACAUGUUGCCAUAUUUCUGGGAAAUCUUGCCACAUUUUCAGGAAAUAUUGUCAUAUUCCGUGAAAGUGUGUAUGUAAUUGGAUACCUUAUUGUGCAAUAAUAUGUUACACAAGAUUCAAUGUAAGGCUGCUUGGCUUGUUUGCUCAUAAGACAAAAUGUGAAUUAAGAUAUAUCUGGUGAUAUGGCGCUGUGAUAAGAGAUUUAAUUCCAAGAGAACAAUGCAUGAAAUAUUCCACAAAUAAUGAAAUUAGAUUGUUCAGUUUUGUCGACUAUAAAAUAGAGUGGUAAUUGUAACUUCGGAAUGAGAUGGAAUACUAUGAUUUUUUUAUACAAUCUCAGAACAGAGGGGCAGGAACAGUUUGUCAAAUACAUGACAUGUCAGGUUUAUUGGACAUGCUACUAGUUUUUCCAUCUUUUGUUUUUUAUGGAAAUUAUGAAUAAAUGGUGUCACAUGAAUGCUAAACUGUUGGAUAAUGUCCAUGUAUUUUGCGAAAAUAAUAGUAAACUGGUUUGUAAUCCAAUUACAGACCUGCAGACCUGAAAUCCUUUCAAGCUAUAAUACAUUCUAGAAGGCCCAUGACAGCACCGUGUUAAUUCUAGCAGUACCCUGCUAUCGACAACUUUUGAUUACUCGAUUAAUAACUGUAUUAUAUUGGAGUGCUUCUAAGGAAAGUAGAUUCUAUGUUUAACCAUUCAACAACUGUAUAGAUUUUGGGAUAUUUAGGACAUCCUUGAAAGGAUCAAAUUAAAAAUGUAUGAUCUAUGAGAACUACGAUUAAGUAGGCCUUUUUAUAGGCUUAAUGGGUAAAACUUUCUAUUUUGGAAAUCAUCAGUGUUUUGACUUAUC